UUUCAUAAAAUGUGAUUCCGUGUUUGACUUCCAUGCAGUGCUAGUGAUCUUUCGUUUUUUAACGGUUUUUGAGCGAGAAAUUUUUUUCGGUUGUUUGCACAAUCUGUCACACCGUUCUCCUAACCUCAAAAACCUGACUUGAAAAAUGUGCAACAAACGUGAUAAAAACAAUGAAGAAGACGAAAUGGACUCGGAUUCGGACGAUUCCGACGUCAGCAUGUCCGAUUCUGACGAAAACGAGUCUUCUGAUGAAAACGAGUCCCCUGAUGAUCAGAAUGAAGCAAACGGGGGGCCCGAAGAAGAGGAGGAAGAUGAGGUGAUUAAGGCCAUUCGGAGCGCCGCUGAGAAGAAGCGUGACCACCCCCCUGUUAUCCACUGCGAGGAUUUUAUAACGGAUAUUUCGUUUCACCCCCAGGAGGACUUGCUAGCUGUUGCGAGUAUCGUGGGCGAUAUUAUUCUCUACAAAUACUCUAACGAGGAAAAUUCGAUUAUUCGCACGUUGGAAGUGCAUACGAAGGCUUGUCGAGACAUUGAGUUUAGUGGAGACGGUGAAAGUUUAUUUUCCGUGGCUAAAGACAAGACAAUUAUGAUAAGUGAUGUUGAAAGUGGGAAAUUGUCCCGGUUCUACGACGAGGCGCACGAGUCACCGAUUUAUAGUCUUUUGGUGAUUGAUGAGAAUUUGUUCGCGACUGGAGACGACGACGGGUGUGUGAAACUGUGGGAUUUGCGGCAAAACGCCUCAAAGCCGAUUUAUCGAACUAAGAAAAACGAGGAUUAUAUCAGCGAUUUGGUAACGAACGAGGCUAAAAGUCUUUUGUUGUGUUCAAGCGGCGAUGGUUCUCUUACAACAAUAGAUUUGAAUAAUCGAAAAAUUCACAUGCAGUCUGAAGAAUACGACGAGGAGCUCACUUGUCUCGGGCUUUUCCGGUCGGAGAGUAAAUUAUUGGCUGGGUCGUCCAAAGGCCGAUUGUUGCUGUAUAAUUGGAAUGAGUUUGGGCUACAUAGCGAUAUUUUCCCAGGGACUAAGUCCGCAAUUAAUGAUUUGAUUCCAAUCACUGAAAAUAUCGUCGUGACUGCGUGCGAAGAUGGGGUUUUAAGAGCGACGCAUUUGUUCCCUCACAGACAUCUAGGCAUCGUGGGACAACAUGACUUGUCCGUUGAAAAACUAGAUAUUUGCAACAACGGACAGUUUAUUGCCUCCAGUAGUCACAACAAUGACAUCAAGUUUUGGAACAUCAAGUAUUUCGAAGAUUUUGAAAAGGUUACCCAUAAACAUAAAAAGCAUGAGAAGAAGAGGGAAAUGCAGAAUAAUUUGCCCUCCUCCAAGGUGCAGAACGCGUCAGAUUUCUUCAGCGGUUUAUGCUGAAAACUAUAAAUACAGAAAACUGUAACUAUAAAUAAAUAAAUUUUAUGAUUCUGAAA